CACACACACUCAUACACAUAAUAUAUAUAUAUAUAUUGAUAUCCAUUUGAUCAUAUAUUAAUACAUAGUUUUUGGUGAAGAAAGGAAUGGGUGCAUUUGAUUAUAUCUCUAGCUUCUGUUCUUAUACAUACUCUAAUGCCAAAACCAAGCGUAAGCCAUUGCAGACAGUGGAUAUCAAGGUGAAAAUGGACUGUGAUGGUUGUGAAAGAAGAGUUAGAAACGUGGUUCGUCGCAUGAAAGGCGUGAAAUCAGUGGAGGUAAACCGGAAACAGAGCCGGAUAACGGUGAACGGUCACGUGGACCCAAACAAGGUGUUGAAGAGAGUGAAGAGCACAGGGAAGAAGGCAGAGUUUUGGCCUUACAUACCUCAGCAUAUGGUCUACUACCCAUUUGACACUGGCAUGUACGACAAACGCGCUCCCGCAGGCCACAUCCGCAACCCCACACAAGCGUUUCCAGCUGCAAACACACCUGGUGAGAACUACGUUUCACUCUUUAGCGACGACAACGUCCAGGCCGCUUGUUCCAUCAUGUGAAAUUGUGCGAACAAGAUACAUGUUAUGUGUAUUUUUUGUUGUGUGUCUUGUUAUACACAUCUACUUUUGGUAUUAUUCUCAUAUAGUAAAGGUAAGGCAGAGUCUAUGUAACUAUGGAGACAAUUUUCGAACGGAAUCAAAGCUAUAAAUGAUACAAA